UCGGGAACGUUGGCAAAUCUGACGCCAACUGAUAGAUCAAAGAUUUGUUUAUUACGCGAAUACCCGAAAAGUUAAUUAAAACGAUUUCUUUCAAUUGAUUUUCGAGUGCGUUUCGGAUCUAACUGUCGACCGGAAACAUGGAUGAAUCGAUCGUGCGUAAUAUUAUUGAAGUUUUAAAGACGGCAAGUGACAAGACUGUAAUUUACAAGGCACUUGUCAAACUUCGGACGGACCUCGUGAAGGACCGAGAGGGCAUUGUCGUGUUUCGCGAAUGUGGUGGAAUUCCACCAGUGGUGCGCCUUUUGAAUCGCCCCCACGAAAAAAUCCUGGAAGUGGCGCUAAGUAUUCUGGGGAAUUGUUGUACGGAUAACGAAUGCUGUGAGGAGGCCAUCAAAAAUAAAAUCAUCUCACCACUCAUAACAAUUCUGAAAAGUAUCCCAAAUCCAAUAGUACAAUGCCGCGCUUGCCGCUUAUUAGGAAAUUUAGCAAAAGAUCACAGGAAAGAAAUCAUUGGAUCUAACAGUGCCGCAAUUAGCCAAUCCGUUUGCCUAAUAUUGGAAGAAAACCAAGAAAUUCCUACCACAAUGAUGGCCGCACGAGCAACCAAAUUUCUGCUUUUCGACACAUCUUUUCAAGUAGAAUUUAAUAAUUGCCAAGGAUUCAUGAUCCUUGUAAAGACUCUUAUGAAAUACAUGAGAAAUACUUGCUCGGAUUACAUAGAAAGUGAACAAGUGGAUGCAGCCAAUGUAGAAGUAAAAACGCAAACCACUGGUCGGAAAAUGCAUCAACCGCGUGAAGAAUACUUCAAGGAAGUCGCGCGGCAUCUGGAGGGCGUUCGGAGUGAUAUUUUCGAUAGGGAGAUUCUGAAAGAUGAAAAAGAAAAACCAAAAAAUACAGAUUUCAAAAUGCCCACCGACAAAGCCGUUUUGGAUUUAUUAGGCGAAGUUCUAAAAUGCAUACAAAUAGCGUCGGAAAUAGCCAACUAUUUUCCUUCGAUGGGGAGGUGCCUGGAGCGCGAUGUGUUCCCGUGUUUAGUAUUUUGCUCUGAUGAACACAAUAUUUUUCGGUCGACGGUUUUGAAGAUUUUGGCAAACUUCGCUAAAAAUCCUGCUUCGGCGUUUUUAUUGAGCAGCGCAGAUGCCGUAACAACAGUUUGUCACCUUGCGACAUCAUCAAAUCUAGAGAAACCCCUUUCUGAAUCAGAAUUACAAAAUUGCCUGAGUAUAAUUUGCAUGCUAUCCGGCGAUGCCUGCAAUCGUGCAAAAAUCCGUAGAAGCGGUGCUCUACAGCAACUACUUGAGCGGGCGAAAAACUAUUCAACAUUGAAAGAAAUGUCGAUGAUUCUGUUUGCUCUAAAUAACUUUCAAUAUGACCAUAUGAGUAUGGAUUUAUUACUUCGAGGCGGACUAGUUGGGAUACUGAUCAAGGAGCUCGAUGCUUACCUGAAUAGUAAUGACAGUAAACGAAAAGAAAGUCGUGACGAGAAGAAAGAGAACACAAGGAAGCGCAAGAGUAUUUUUGGUUGCGCAAAUCAAAGUGCAAAAACUUCGAAAGUUCAGGAUGAAAUCACGGGAAUGGAUCAGACUGCUGGCGUUAGACCUCAUUAUAGAGGUGCAUUUACACCGCCACCCAGUAACACCGCAUAUUCUACCGUGGGUAGUUGUUCACCCUCAAGUCCGUGCAGUUCCCGGAGUUUAUCGCCUGUCAGUUUUCUUUUCCGGAGCUUUAAAGACUGCGACGAAGAUGAGGACGACUAUUCGCCUGUCUGUAGCGACGUUGGUGAUAGUGAUGAUGAUGAAAGUAAUUUGGAUGAAAAUAGCGAAAUUAUGCAGCUGCUAACGCUAUUUAAUAAAGGGGACGGAAAAAUGGAGGAAAAUAGUCCUUCCGACAACGAAGAUGAAAAAGAAGCAUCGAAACCUUCACCAACCGAUAGCCUACCACUAAGUACAAUUGACAUUAUUGAUAAUCUCUUAUUACGUAUUACUUUAUCAAUUAAGAAUCACCCAGACUUAAGUAAACUAGAAACAAUCAAAACUAUCAUCGAGGCGAUCUACGUUUUCGGUGCAAAUAACAACAACUUUUCGACGUCCUUAGCAAAUAUCGUAGUGGAUAGUACGUUCUUCGGAACCAUAAUCAAGCAAAAUUCCAUUCAUUCCAUCUACCAAAUGACUCGGACUGCCGAUUUGAAAUCUUGCGGUGAAAGUUUAAUAGAUAAUUUAACAACUGUAGCGGAGUCCGGUUAUGGGCAAGGUGAAUUAGUGAAGCUACUGACAAAAGGCGAUUUAUUUCAUCAAAAACGAGCUGCUACAAUCGUUUCAUUUGUAGUCAAGUCCCCAAAACUUCUCUAUCAACAUCUGACUGAAUACGGAGUCAUCUACACUCUACUAAAUAGCGUCUUAAAUAAAAAUGAUGAAAUUCGGUUGGAAGCUGCCGAUGCUAUCACUUCAUUAGCGAAUACGCUUAGAAUUAUAUUGCCUACAUAUGAUCUGAAACAAUUCAACUGCCGGAAAGAGUUUGAAGAGGACCUCGAUAUGUUACCAUGUCAAGAAAACGCGGAUACAAUGAAAUUCGUGUUGCACCGUGGAUGCUCUAGAAUUCCGAUAAAAUUCGAUAAAAAAUUACUAACAGAGAAUAGCGAUGUCUUCAAUUCAAUGUUGAACAGUGACUUCAAGGAGAGUAAAAAUAAGGAAAUCCACUUGAAAGGAUACAGCGUGCAUGGCAUUAAAUACUUCUUACAUUUAAUAAAGCUAGAAUCAGAGAAGAAAUGCGCAGUGAUUCCACCAGUUUAUCAUUUCGAUUCCAUUCUGGAAGCAUACGAGCUCUCAAGGAUGUACAUUUUGGAAAAUUUAGAGAAAAAUCUAUUCCAAUUGAUUGUUCGCCGAUUGGAUGAGAAAUCAAUUUUGAAGGUUUUCGAGUGGUCAUUGAAGAAUUAUAAUCCAGAAUUGACGGGAAUUGCUAUUAACUUUUAUCUUAGCUGCUCGGAUAUUUCUACUGCAGAGAAAGCUGAAUUGUUCCGGGAAGCAGAUUUAUCCACGUAUUCGAAAGAAUGGAAUCAAAUGAUAGUCGACGCAGUGCUGGUGAGAUGUGAGAACAUACAAAACGUCGGUGCAGAGGUUCUGAUGUAUGCAUAAUUAGUUCAAAGUUUCAUUAAGUUGUAUAUUUUGUUCUUAGCCAAUAUUUAUUUACUAUUUUAAAGUAAAUCGAGCGGCAAUAACUUUGUCAUUGUAUCUAAUGUGAAAUAUUAUGGAAAUUGUAAUAUACUGAUAUUACCUUAAAUGAAAAAAUACAUUGAUAUAUGCAGCAGAAA